AUGUUGAUAGUGGCGUACGGUGAGUUAACUUUGAGGAAAAAAAAUGUUUAUAAAUGGUAUAAGUUAUUCCAAGAGGGCCGAGAAAAUGUUAACGAUGAACCUCGCUCUGGACGCCCCAGCACGUCAAAAACCGACGAAAAUGUUCAGGAAGUGAAAGAAAUUGUGUUGAAAAAUCGUCGAAUCACGAUUAGAGAAAUAGCUGAUGAUCUUAACAUAUCGUUUGGCUCAUGCCAAUCAAUUUUAACGGAUGUUUUGGGUAUGACACGUGUGUCAGCGAAAUUCGUUCCAAAACUGCGUUCCAAAACGUCGUUACUAGUGAGUAGUUUUUUGGCCAAAAACAAUACUAUCAUCAUGCCUCAGCCACCGUAUUCACCAGACUUGGCCCCCUGCGACUUUUUCCUCUUCCCAAAAUUGAAAAGGCCCAUGAAAGGACGAAGAUUUGCGACGAUUGAGGAGAUUAAGGCUGCAUCGCUGGAGGAGCUCAAGGCAAUACCCAAAAGUGCAUUUCAGAAGUGUUUUGACGACUGGAAAAAGCGCUGGCACAAGUGCAUUGUAUCAAAGGGGGAUUAUUUUGAAGGGGAUAAC